GACUUUCAAUCAACUCCAGAGUUUUAAUGAAGGUCUUUGGUGAAGACAGCACCAGCCUCUGUCUGUGUUUUAUUACAUGGCAGGACGACAGGGUAUCAGGUCUAAAAGGGAAGGGGCGUGUGGACAAACAGGUGGGAUAUUACUGCCUCACAAUCCCCCUGUGCUGAGCGGACGGCUAGGUCAUCCAAGGCCAACAUGGAGGGAGAAAAGAAUGACCCAGGAACAGUGCCCUCAUAGAAACAAUGUCCAGAGUACUGAAAAACCACAAGUGUAUAAAGUGGGGAUCUAUGGUUGGCGGAAACGUUGCCUUUACUUCUUUGUCCUACUCCUCAUGAUCCUCAUAGUGGUCAACCUUGCUCUAACCAUCUGGAUCCUCAAAGUUAUGAACUUCACUAUAGACGGCAUGGGUCACCUGCGUAUCACAGAAAGAGGCCUGAAACUGGAGGGUGAUUCGGAAUUCCUUCAGCCACUAUAUGCCAAAGAAAUCCAGUCCAGACCAGGAAGCCCAUUGUUCCUUCAGUCAUCUAAGAAUGUGUCUGUCAACAUCCUCAAUGAGAAGAAGCAAGUAGUAUCUCAACUCACUGCAGGUUCCCAUGGAGUUCACGCAAGAGGCAAAAUGUUGGAAGUAAAAUCAAGUGCAGGAAAGCUGCUUUUCUCUGCUGAUGACCAUGAGGUGGUAGUUGGCGCAGAAAGAUUACGAGUUAUGGGAGCUGAGGGUGCAGUGUUCAGCAACUCGGUGGAGACCCCACAUGUGAGAGCUGAGCCCUUCAAAGAGUUACGGCUAGAGUCGCCUACACGUUCGCUAUACAUGGAGGCACCUAAAGGAGUGAAAAUAGAAGCUGAGGCAGGAGAUUUCCAAGCAACUUGUAGGAGCGAUUUACGCCUGGAGUCAAAAGAUGGAGAGAUCAGCUUGGAUGCCCGGAAAAUCAAGCUCCUACGCCUGCCGGAGGGAAAAGCGUCCCCCUCUGGAACUAGACAGACUGUCUUUGAGCAUCCAAAUUCCUUGCUUUUAUUUCAGAGUCGGCUUCCUCGUCUUCAUCCUGGUUUGUGUGUGUCAUCAUUGAAAGCAAGACUUAGAAUGCAGAAGCAAUGGAUUUAACUGAUAAGACACCUUUCCUGCUUUUAAUAUCUGAAGAAUUAAUGCAACAUGACACAACUGAACAUUUAGAAAGACCUGUGAGACAACUGUUCCAAUACUUGUGCUCACAUCAGACAGGGAGAUGAAACUCUAAAAGUGCUGAUCUUCUUGGCUGGUAAAACAUCUUUUUGUCGUUUCACCCAAUAAUAAAAUGUGACAUUCUGUAGUUUUGUCUCAUAUUCAUCUUUUAAUCAUAUUUACAGAUUUCUUGACUCCACAGCAAACAACAACUUUGUCUUUACUGUUCCAAUACUUAUGUAGGCUACUGUGCAUAGUUAAUUUAGUUUCCUCUUUUCUCCCCAAUGUUGCUUAACACAGACAUUACUUCUGAACAAUGAGUAUGAACGAUUUUGUAUAAGGAGCACAAAAUGUUUCAUAUAUUUUUUGAUAAUAAAACUAAAGCUCAGCGUAACCUAGCUUUCAGUGUGUGACACUAUACUGGACAAGUCUCCAACAUGUAUACAUAUGUGUAAAUAAAAUCUAAUAUUGGAUUAAGUAAACAGCUACAUAACUAAAUGUCUUGGGUUUAAUAUGCAUAAUAAAUGAGCCCCAGCCAAGACCCAAGGCAUUUAGUUCUGUAAUGUUAUGGGCCCCAGCCUAAACCCAAGGUAUGUAGGUCUGUAAGUUUUUUUUUUUUUUUUUAUUGUGUGCAGCAUUUUAUUCUGUUUUUGGUCUUUCAGACUUUUGGCGACCACAUUGCAGAAAUUCAGUGACAUUAAAAUUUUGUUUAACAUUUUGAGAUAUCUGGAAACUCAUUUAUUUUAUUGGAGGUAAAAGUGACGGAAACUUUCGCAUAUUCUAUGCUUCUAUGCAACAUACUUGGUUGUAGAGAGAACUCUAUUGAUGCAAAUAAAUAUGUCAGCUAUCUAUAUUAAAUUUAUUAUACCUUAAUGUAUACAGUUUGUAUUUAUGAAUUGAGCUCCAACCAACACUGAACCAAUAAACUUGACAAAAGAAAAAAGUGGAUGAGGGCCAAUUUUUCAAAGCUAAACACCGGUUAACGUUUUCUUGGAAGUCUUGGUUACAGUUUAUUUUAAAAUGAUGUUAGUACAGUGUAACUAUUAAAAUAAGUAUGGAGUUAUAAUAUUAAUUAACUAUUUGUACUCAUUGUAGGUUAAGAGUUAGGGUUUGAUUUAGGGUUAUUUGAUUGGAAUUAUGCUUAAUCUACGGUUAUUACUAUAAGUACAUGUAAUGUGUAACUAUGUCAUGUUAAAAUAAAGUGUUACAAAAUUGUCUACUGUAGCAUCAACUUGAAAUAUAUAGAGCACAGUAUUUUUACAAAGUUCUCUGAAACACUUAAUUAUGAUUGGUCAGUCACUGCAUUCAGCGGUCAGAUAUUUCUUAAUAAUGACUAUCCUUGGCAACACUGUAACUGACCACUCUCUGCAGUCUCUACAACUAUAUAAAAUAAUAACAACUCAAUAUAUCAUGUCCAUGUAUUUAUUUGGUAAGUUAUAAGCAGAAUAAUGGGUAGCACUUUAUUUUACAGUCCUGUUCCCCAUGUACAUACUAUGUACUUAUUAUAGUAAUUACAAUAACUAUGUAAUAACUAGGUACUAACCCUGAACCUACCCCAUAACCUUACCCUACCCCAUGUAGUUACCUUGUAUUACCAGAACUUUUGUACUACCAGAACUUUCUUAGAUAAAUACACUGUAAGUACACUAUAAGUACAUGUAAGUACACGUACUAUAAAAAAAGUGCAACCGAAUAAUGUACAGCAAGAUAUGAUUGCAAAAUAAACCACAACAGGUUGAUUAUGACCACCA